UUGUACAUAUUGUGGCGUAUGUAGCGCGUUAGUUUCCAUGCUGGAGGUGGGAGCGAAGAGUCUGAUGGAAGUUGGCUCCUGCCGGCUUCGGAGGGUUGAACUUCUGGGGAGUGGGAAGUGUGUCGGGGAGACGUCCUGUGUAUGUGUGUGUGUGUGGAGGGGGGUAUGGUAUAUUCUGAGCUUAUCUCCGUGUGCGUGUCUCUGGGGCUGACGGGCAUUUCCUCCUGCUGUAACCACACGGCGUGAACACCGUCUCCCUUCUGUCUAGGACCUGACACAUGCGUUGUGUUGCUGUUUUAACGUGGCUGCUCAUAGCGCUUAGGACUCCUGUCCUUUCAAGAAAAAGUACUUGCUCUGCAGCUUUCCUUUACCUUUUGGGUGUAUGCCUUGAUGAGAUUCAAGAUUCACUACUUAAUUAUAAUAGCUCAUGUAUACGAAGGGGGGGGGGGCGAUUAGUCGGAGAUUUCCCUGCCGAUUAAUAGCACUGCAACAUGUAGCUUGAUCGUACUGUAGUUGAUUGGUGCAGGAAUAUUGUGUCCUGCCUCUUUAAAUCCUGAAACGCGUGGAGUUUAAAUAAAUUGGCUAGAAAGCUUUUGCUACCCACCCCUCGCCCCCACUGAGGAGUCUGUAUUCAGCAAGUGCCCGUGUGGGAGCUUAGAGAGCAGGCAGCCUGAAAGGAGCCGGAAAUAUGUUACAUUGAUGUUUGGCAUAGCUGCAGUCAAGUUAAAGAGAGAGCUUGAUGCCACUGCAACGGUAUUGGCUAACCGACAAGAUGAAAGUGAGCAGUCUAGAAAAAAGCUUAUUGAGCAAAGUCGUGAGUUCAAGAAAAACACUCCAGAGGACCUGCGCAAACAGGUAGCUCCAUUAUUGAAGAGUUUCCAGGGGGAGAUUGAUGCAUUAGGUAAAAGAAGCAAAGAAGCAGAGGCAGCCUUCUUGAAUGUCUAUAAGAGAUUAAUUGAUGUUCCAGAUCCAGUUCCAGCUCUGGAUCUAGGACAGCAGCUUCAGCUGAAAGUCCAGCGAAUGCAUGAUAUUGAAACAGAGAACCAGAAACUUAGGGAAACUCUAGAGGAAUACAACAAGGAAUUUGCUGAAGUGAAAAAUCAAGAGGUUACAAUAAAAGCGCUUAAAGAGAAAAUCAGAGAAUAUGAACAGACCCUGAAGAACCAAGCAGAGAAUAUAGCUCUUGAAAAAGAACAAAAAUUACAAAAUGACUUUGCAGAGAAGGAGAGAAAGUUGCAAGAAACACAGAUGUCGACAGCCUCGAAGCUGGAGGAGGCCGAACACAAAGUUCAAGCUUUACAAACAGCCUUGGAAAAAACUCGGACAGAAUUAUUUGACCUGAAAACAAAAUAUGAUGAAGAAACUACUGCCAAGGCUGAUGAAAUUGAGAUGAUCAUGACGGACCUCGAAAGAGCAAAUCAGAGGGCAGAGGUGGCUCAGAGAGAGGCAGAAACCUUAAGGGAGCAGCUCUCGUCAGCUAACAAAUCUCUCCAACUUGCUACACAGAUCCAGAAGGCACCUGAUGUGGAGCAGGCCAUAGAGGUGCUGACGCGAUCUAGCUUGGAGGUGGAACUGGCUGCAAAAGAACGUGAAAUUGCCCAGCUCGUAGAAGAUGUCCAGAGACUCCAAGGCAGCCUCACCAAACUUCGUGAGAACUCCACCAGCCAGAUAUCACAGCUGGAGCAGCAGCUGACUGCCAAGAACAGCACACUUAAACAACUGGAAGAAAAACUGAAAACACAGGCUGACUAUGAAGAGGUUAAGAAAGAAUUAAAUAUACUGAAGUCCAUGGAAUUUGCACCCUCUGAGGGCUCUGGUGCACAGGAUGCAUCCAAACCACUGGAGGUGUUGCUGCUGGAGAAAAAUCGCUCGUUGCAGUCUGAGAACGCCACACUGCGUAUCACUAAUAGUGACCUGAGCGGGUCAGCCAGGAGAAAAGGGAAAGACCAGCCUGAGAGUCAGCGUCCUGCAACCUUGCCGGCCUCCCCUUCUUCUCAGUUGCUCCGCAACACAGGGGAGCAGGCUUCCAAUACUAAUGGUACACACCAGUUCUCACCAACGGGUUUAAGUCAAGACUUUUUCAGCUCAUCCUUGGCAAGCCCCAGCUUACCCCUGGCCUCCACAGGAAAAUUUGCACUAAACUCUCUCCUCCAGCGACAGCUAAUGCAGUCCUUCUACUCCAAGGCAAUGCAGGAAGCAGGAAGCACAAGCAUGAUUUUUUCAACAGGUCCUUACAGCACAAACUCCAUAUCUUCCCAAAGUCCUUUACAACAAAGUCCGGAUGUUAAUGGCAUGGCCCCAUCUCCCAGCCAGUCAGAAAGCGCUGGGAGCAUCUCUGAAGGCGAGGAGAUAGACACAGCAGAAAUUGCACGUCAGGUGAAAGAGCAAUUGAUCAAGCACAAUAUUGGACAGCGGAUAUUUGGACAUUAUGUCUUGGGACUGUCACAAGGGUCUGUGAGUGAGAUACUAGCCCGGCCAAAGCCAUGGAAUAAACUGACUGUGAGAGGCAAGGAGCCAUUUCACAAGAUGAAGCAGUUCCUCUCAGAUGAGCAGAACAUCCUGGCACUACGCAGCAUCCAGGGUAGACAAAGAGAGAAUCCAGGCCAGAACCUGAACAGACUAUUUCAGGAAGUACCGAAACGAAGAAAUGGGUCUGAAGGUAACAUCACCACAAGAAUCCGAACCACAGAGACUGGCUCUGAGGAAGCCAUCAAAUCCAUUCUAGAACAAGCCAAAAGGGAGCUGCAAGUACAGAAAACAGCUGAGCCGGCUCAGCCACCUUCUGCAUCUAGCAGUGGCAAUUCUGAUGAGGCCAUUCGAUCCAUUCUGCAACAAGCCCGACGUGAAAUGGAAGCACAGCAGGCUGCCCUUGAACCUGCCUUAAAAACAACACCUUUGUCUCAAGCAGACAUUUCCAUCUUGUCCCCAAAACUAAUAUCUACACCUGCAAUGUCUUCAGUUUCCAGUUAUUCUCCAUUGGCCUUGUCGCUGAAGAAACAUUCAACUGUCAUGGAUUCUAAUAUAUCUGCAUUGCAGAAUCUCUCUGGGCUAAAAAAGGAGCACCAGGAAACACCAGUUUUAGAGCUUCAUGGAAUAACUGAUUCUGCACAGGGUGUGAUGAGGCAUGUUAAAAAUGAAUUGGGACGUGGUGGUGUUUGGAAGGACCAUUGGUGGAACACUGUUCAGCAUGACAGAAGAAAUACCACUCUUUCUGAAGAUGCAAAGGUCGAGGAAGCCAGCAGUGGAAAAGAAAAGGUCAGCAACCAGACAAGGUCAGAUCGUAGCCAACUCCAAGGACCAUCCUCUUCAGAAUACUGGAAGGAGUGGCCAAAUGCUGAAUCUCCAUAUUCCCAGAGCUCUGAAUUGAGCAUGACUGGGGCAAGCCGCAGUGAGACACCACAAAAUAGCCCCCUUCCUUCCUCUCCUAUUGUACCUAUAUCAAAGCCAUCCAAACCCUCAGUUCCUCCAUUGACACCUGAGCAGUAUGAGAUUUACAUGUACCAGGAAGUGGAUACAAUAGAGCUAACUCGUCAGGUCAAAGAAAAGCUAGCAAAGAAUGGCAUCUGCCAAAGGAUCUUUGGGGAAAAGGUGUUGGGCCUGUCCCAAGGGAGUGUCAGUGACAUGCUCUCCAGGCCAAAGCCAUGGAGUAAAUUGACGCAGAAAGGCCGAGAACCAUUUAUUCGUAUGCAGCUCUGGUUGAAUGGGGAACUGGGACAGUGUGUCCUGCCUGCACAAGGGCAGCAACAAGGACAAGUCCUCCACUCAGUGACAUCACUGCAGGAUUCCCUACAGCAGGGAUGUGCAAGCUCAGAAAGCACUCCAAAGACCUCUGCCAGUUGCAGUCCUGCUCCUGAGUCUCCCAUGAGUUCCAGUGAAUCAGUAAAGAGUCUGACUGAAUUGGUACAGCAACCCUGUCCUGCUAUAGAGACAAGUAAAGAUGGCAAACCACAAGAAUCAAGUGAGCCACCUGUUUCUGAAUCCCAGUCGACAACACCUUUGCCUCUCUCGGGCCAUUCAGCACUUAGCAUUCAAGAACUGGUUGCUGUCUCUCCUGAAUUGGACACAUAUGGCAUUACGAAGAGGGUUAAAGAGGUGUUAACAGACAACAACCUUGUGUGGCUGACAAGCCUAAAAAGCAGCAGAAGAGCCAGGAAAUGUGCCCCAAACUCUGCAUUAGGUCAGCGUUUGUUUGGGGAGACAAUCCUAGGGCUAACGCAAGGCUCGGUCUCAGACCUUCUGGCUCGCCCAAAGCCCUGGCACAAAUUGAGUUUGAAGGGACGGGAGCCCUUUGUCCGCAUGCAGCUGUGGCUAAAUGAUCCCAACAAUGUGGAGAAAUUGAUGGAUAUGAAGCGAAUGGAGAAAAAAGCCUACAUGAAACGACGGCACAGCUCAGUUAGUGAUAGUCAACCUUGUGAGCCCUCUUCAGUUGGAAUAGACUAUAGCCAGGGAGCCAGCCCACAGCCACAGCAUCAGCUAAAGAAACCACGAGUAGUGUUGGCACCAGAAGAGAAAGAAGCUCUAAAACGAGCAUAUCAGCAAAAGCCAUACCCAUCGCCAAAAACCAUUGAGGAACUCGCUACACAACUCAACUUGAAAACCAGCACAGUGAUCAACUGGUUCCACAAUUACAGAUCUCGCAUCCGUCGAGAGCUGUUCAUUGAAGAAAUCCAAGCAGGAAGCCAGAGCCAGGCUGGGUCAAGUGACUCUCCUUCAGCCAGAAGCAGCAGGGCAGUUCACAGCUCUGAGGGAGACAGUUGUGAUGGUGUGGACACAGAAGGCCCACCUGAAGGAAAGCAAAGUGGUCUGGAGGCGGACGAGUACAGCAAUGCAACCACAAAGUCUCAGGGAGGGCAAGCAGAGUCAGCUUUUGAAGCGGGGGAAGAGGUACCACAAGAUGUCAGAUCGUCAGAGAAAACAGAGUCAUUCCAUUUGGGAAUGGAGAGUUUGGAGGAUACUGAUGAUGAGGGUAGGCUCAAAGCACCACGUCAGAGUUCUCCACCAGGGUCUCAAAGUUCAGGAGAAACUCUGGAGACAAUGCCAAACUCUGCUACAGAAGAGGAUGCCUCUACCUCAGCUGCCUCCACCUCAGUCCUUACAGGGGAGAGCUCCUUCAAGUCAAAAGAAAGUUCAGAGAAAAUGUUGAGUGUGCCAAGUACAAGUUCCACAUUGGCUGCAGGCUCACAGAAAGCCAACUCUAUUCAGAGUUUAUUCAGCUUUUCCGAGGCAGCAAGCUCCAAGAACACGCGGGACAACACCUUGAGGAAAAAGAAAGCAGCAAACUUGAACAACAUAAUACACCGUUUAGAGAAGGCCGCUAGUCGAGAAGAGCCCGUCGAAUGGGAGUUUUGAGAUUAAACUCACCCAACUCUAGAGAGCUGGGAAAGUUAAACUGGACCUCUACUGGUUUUAUUGUGUUGCGCACUUACCGCCCUGCAGGCCACAGGGCAAAAACGCCAUAGGCCAAGGUGCAUAUAGAAAACAAAAGGAGCGUUAAGCCCAAUUUAUGUUUGUGUUUUCAAGGAAGAAAACUGAAAUGUGUGGUCAAGCUUUUUUGUACCCUGAAGUGUUUUUAUUAAUGCCCUAAGUGAUUUCCACAAUUUCUGGAAUAACUCAUACAGCUUUGCCUUGUGCCCUCCUCUUUGGUGUGGGCUUUAAAAAAACAAAAACAUAAAAAAAAAAUCAAACCCACAUAUUUAAAGGGGGCUUUUUAUCUGCCAUCUAAUGGCUACAGAGCGAUAAUACACUAUUAUCUUCUUAAACCAGGAAAAAAGGGGAGAUUUUUCAAAAAGGAAAAAUAAAAAGUUUUUUGUAGCUGUUCAGUUGCCACUAAGAGAUUGCACAGUCAACCGACUCUAAACACACUAGUUUGGAUUCCUAAAUAUUUUCAAGAAAAGAAAAGAAUCGUGUUGUUUGAAACUUUGAAUUAAAAAAAAACACAUUUACUCCACAUAUUUUUUAACAAAACAAAAAAAGUCACAUCAGGAAAAUAUCUUAAUUUGUGGUAGCUGACUUAGUGUUUUCUUGUAAGUGAAAUAGAAUAUUGACACGUAGUGCACAUUGUUUCAUAGCUUUAACUGAUUCUGGUCUUUUGCAGACCAGAAUUUGUUUAAUACACUCCAUUUUAGGCCAAAUCAGGACAAAAAAAAUCUGAAUCUAGGUAUUUUAUAAUCUGCUUUUUAACCUCUAACCACAGAGCACGCUGAUCAGACCUCAUAUCCAGGAGGUUUAGGAGACAACUUAGAAUAGCAUGUACUUGAUCAUUUCAUUUGAAUUGUAGUAUAUCUAGUACCUUUUUGUUUAAGAAAGAGAAAUGAAAAAAGUUGGCCAGUAACAUUUCAGCCUGCAGCUCUGGGGACAUAUUUUACAACCUGAAGCAUUCAGCUAACCUGAAAUCAGUUAAAGUUUCAUUUACAUGUGUAACUGAUAACACACACCACUAAGAAGGAAUUGGGGCCUGCCUCAGAUGAAGAGAUUACUGACUCUCUUCCCACCAUAAGCACUGAUUUAAAUGUUUUAGUUUGUGGGAAGUUUAUUUUUGUGUAGAAAAAGAAUACAUUGCAGGUAUCAGAUGGGCUGUGACCAAGAUGUAAAUAGCCCAAACUCCAAACCAAAAUAUUCAUGCUCUUGAAUCCCAGUCCAGACUAUUGGAAAUUUAGCCUCUUCAGAUUAUUUUAUGCACAGCAUAAAACUGAUCAAAGUACAAAUCAAAUUCUGACUUGUCUCUAACUCCUCCUGUUGUCUAUAUGUAUAUGCGUGAGCAUAGAGGUGUGUGGAAGGAUGUGUGUGCGUGAGUGUGUGCGUGCAAUUUUAUACGUCUGUGUAUUUUCUUACGUACUUGUGCACACAUAGAGUGCAUUACUGCCACCUUUUUUCAAUAAGCUGUUUUAUCAGUUAUGGCUUCUACAAGUUUGCUAAUUUAGACUCCUUUAUUGCCAUAUCUUUAAAACUAACAAUAGAUGAUUUCGGUAUAUAUAUAUAUAUUUUUUUUUGCUUAUUUAUAGGUGCUGUAUUUUAUUAUCUGAUUGUUAGGAAGGGAUGAAAGGGGGCAAAUAUUCUUUAGAGGGAUAGACUGCCGGCAGUAUUGGGUAUAAUUUACAAGAUGUAGUUGUCAUACUGUAUAUUAUUGAUUGAAGACUUUUUGACCGUAUUGUGUAUCAUUGAAACCUUUGUCUUAGGUCAGCAUCUUUUGAUGACACUUUAAUGGUGCAUUCAUUACUUCUUAAGUUUAAUUAAUAUUACUUUUUUGAUUUUGGGGGGGUGGGGAGAGGAGUUCCAAUUUUAAAGGUAUGCUCCCAAUAUUACACCUCAGUGUGCUUGUAUUAAUUAACUAGUAGGACUUUGACUGUACGAUGUGAACCCACAUUUCUUGCAUGAUGUUUUAGAAAUGAUGUAUUUCAUUUACAGUCUCAAUGUGCAACAGCAGCACUUAGUUCAGGUUUUCACAAAUUAAGCGUCACUACACUAUUAGCCUUUUCAUGAAUACGAAAAGAAGGCUCUAGGAGGCUGAAAGGCAGAGAUUUAUUUACCUGUUUUUACUGUUACAGUCGUUUCAAAUUACCUGCUUGGGUAACCAGAGACUUAGCUUGUGGUGCACGACUCAAAUUUGAUAAACAGAGACAGCAACUAGCCCUUUCUGUGGUGAGCUGAAGAGAAAAUUUGGAACAUGUGAUCACACCAUCUAGAAUCACUGUGACUUCUACUUAUAGGGACAUAACGUUUGGCUGAGAAAACUUCCAGCAAACGACAUGGUAAAUCAAAACAUUACCAUUAGAAAUCUUCUCUUCACCGCAGUGUCUCCUUAAAAGCAAAUGUUUUGAUUUGGUUUAUAAAACACAUCUCCAUUCAUGAAUGUGUGUCCCAUUCAAAUAUAUGUACCUGAUCAUGAGUAACAACAAAAUAUAAACCUAUUUAGUUCAGCCAAGAGACAGAACUUUUAAUUAGACAAAUCCAGAUACUGUCUUACAUUCUAAAUCCGUUUUCUUUGUUUACUUUAGAACAAUAUAUUUGCCAUGCGUUGCCACCCUCUAUUUCUAUCAGGUUGAGAUCUGGGUGCUUGAUGCAGUCAAGUGGUUAAAUUUUGCUUGCUUGUAGGUUGUUGUUUCCCUCCCCCCCCCCCUUUAUUAUUUUGCUUAAUUAAGGUCCCCAGACCUGUUGUUGAAUAAGUGUCUCUCUUUAUUGCAUUCAAUAAUGCUUACUGAGAGCUGUCACUGAAAGCAAAAUUUUAUUAACAGGAUGAACCCAAAUGCAGCAGUAAGGGUUAAUCUCUCUUCUUGAUAAGCAAUACUUAAGUGCCUUCAAAAGUAUCCAUUUUGUUCUUUCGUUAGUAGUUUUCAGGUUUCUGCUAAUUACAUUAGAGGAGCCAAACACUCAAAAGUGUCUGCUUAUUUUUGUUAAUGCUAUGUCAAUUUUCAAAAAGCAUAUUUGUAGCUCUCCUGUAGAGGAUGUGUUUCCUUUAUAACACUAACAGUUAAUUGUAAACUCCAUUAUACCACUUACAAUGCAUAGAAUUUUGUUGAAUGAAGACAGCAUUCAUAAUUCAUAAAUCACCCCAUUCUGCCAAGGGUUGUCAUCAGUAUUUAUUAUAAAAUUAGUCAGAUAAAAUGCUCUUGGUAUUCCCUAUAUUUUGGCACUUUAUUAAUGCGUUAGUUCCUUUUGUCAUUUCAUGCAUAAUAUCAUAGGUAGAAAGUACGUAAAACUAUUAGAAUGCCAUUGGGAUAACUCCAGACUUCCAGUUAGGAAUCACGUUACAAUUCUUUGACAGAUAUCUUACCUUACUCUCCUGUUUGGAGAUUUUUUCCUUACUAGUUUUCCAAAUUGGCAAGACCUCCCGGGUUGAAAAAGGGUUAAAUUGCAUCUGUGGUGAAUGAUUUUUAGCUAUAUUUCUUCAUGGUAAUGAAGUCUGUUGUUUAAAAUUAAUGUUGUUAAAAAUUAGUAUUACACUCCUAGUCUUCAUUACUUGAUAAAGAGCUACUGGAGAAGUAAUGUACAAAGAGUUGGACUCUUCAAUGCUUUCCAGUCAUUGAUUAGUUGAGAGUAACAAAGGUGAAAGGCUGUAUAAGGUGCCACAUGUUCAACAUGUGGGGCUGUUCUCUAUGCACAGUUGUAUUAUAGAGUUAAGAAGACUGAAAAUGGAGCACUUGCGGAAGGCAUGCUGUUCAGUACUUUUCCAGAUAGAUAAAAGCGCAUAUAGGUCUCUAGCAUUACAGGUUUUCUGCAGACUGUUUCCCAUUUUAUGUUCUUUAAAAGCAUUUUUUAAAAACCCUUGUUUCUGUUUAUAGUUCAGACUUUGUCUAAAGCAAUGGAGGGAUAGGCCUCAGGCUGUUUUAACAAAUAUUUUUAUACUGAUGGUAAAAUUCUGUCAUUUUUAUCUCUGGAUGGGUAGUGCAAAAAGGAGAGGACAAUAUUGAGAUUUAACUAAGUGUGAUGGUCUCUUUUAUUAUUGUGUUAAUGGAGAGCGGAUGAAGCAUGCCUGUUGAUUAUAAUUGUUCCAUUUUUAUAAAUAUGAUUUUCUUUAUCCGUGGAAUCACAAGAUUUUCUUACUGAUAACAAAAGAAAAAGGGUUUUGUUAAAGUAGCUAUUGAAUGCCAUGGAACUUGAUCAUUUGAGUUUAGCUUGCACUCCUGCAAAAUUUAUAAAUACUCUUUGUGGGUAGAGACACUCCUUAAAGGAGCCUUGCAUUGGUGUGCUCUGUCCAUAUCAUCUGUCCACGAGCCGUUCAAUAAUAAACAGCUUUAUUAGAAUAAGAUAUCUCUAAAAGUAAAAAUCGUAUGCCUUUCUCAUUAGGUAAGAGGUUUUUGCAUUCAUUUUUAACAUAACUUUCAUGUGGGGAAGCUACAGAGAAGGGGUUAAUGAACACUACAGAAUUCUAUGCAAUAUUCUCUAGUCAUUUUAAAAUAUUACCAUUUUGCAAUCUUUUAAAAGUGAAAACAGUGAUCUAGAGGGAAAGUGUGUCAUCUCAGUGUUAGCUCAAAGUGAAAUUAUAAUGCUGAUUAAUUUAAAUAAAUUAGAGUUAGGGGAAAAUCUGACAGAAUAAUGUGAUAAAUAUGAUAAAAAAGGUUGCAGUCCCCACUAGCAAUGCUGCAAUCCAGGGUCUGUCAGAGUUUCCAUCUUAAAAUCCCUAAUUUCAAGGGUUUUAGAACUCUGCUGUAAAAUGAAAAAAAUUGCUCUUGGCAGGAACUUGGUAGUUUAGAAAUGGAAAAACAUUUUGACCAUAUUUAAAUUAUAAAAAUACCAAAAAAAGUAAUUGGUUUCAGAUGCAUUUUUGCACUUAAAUCCAAAACAGCUUCCUUAUUUAAACUGAAAUGUCAUUAGUAAUAUGGACUAAUGCCUUUAGCAGGGUUGCUAAGAAAUCAACAGUGUUAUGUAGCAAAGUGAUUCAUUGUAAAUACAAUAAAUAAAUAUAUUCAUAAAGAUUUUUGACAUGCAGAUGGAGGGUCCAUUUGUUUCUUCGCUUUCCUUUUAAGCAAGUGAGUUCUUUAAAUCAUCUCUCUUGCUUAUAUUACAGCCCAUGUAUACUGGGUUUUAAAAUCACUCCCUAUACUUGAGUUCCAUAGGUUCUAAUUGUGAGGAUUUCAUGGACAUCAUAAGAAAGAUAUGGAGAGAGGAAGAAAAGGUGUCACUUGGUCUAAGGCCUGAUCUUAUGUCCAUUGAAAUCAAUGGAAAGUCUUUCCUUUGACUUCAGUGAGUAUUUGUUCAGCCCCUAACAAGACAGGCUGCUUAUAUCUGAUCUUCCACAGUUUAACUUAUACAGACAUAACAAGUGUAAAACACAGUAUUCAGUUUAAUUUACUAUUAUGCUAGGCCUUCCAGUCUCCAUGGCACUUUCUGUGGUCCCUCUAGCCAAGCACUAACAUGUCUUCCUCCAUGUCAUACAUACAAUCAAACAGUUUUAAAUGAAAGAGCCUGUAAAAAUUCUGUAUAAUACAAGAUUUUCAAAAAGUACCAAACAACUUAAAAUAUAACUCCAAAUUACUUUAAAUAAUGAAAAUAAACAUUAGCGUGGGAGAGCUGGGUUCCAUUCUUGGCUCUGUCAUUGGGGUGACCUUGGCCAAGUCACUGCCUCUCUGUGCCUCAGUUUCCCCAUCAGUAAAAAGGGGAUAGUGAUACUGACCUCUUUUGUAAAGUGCUUUGAGAUCUAUGGAUGAAAAGCGCUAUAUGAGAGUUUGGUAUGUAUUAUUAAUCAAAAAUCAUUUUAUUUUCCUCCCCUAUUCAUUUUUAUGGCUUUAAUAAAGUAGAUAUGUAACAAUAGACUUUAAGAAAAAUAAGUCCAUUGUUACCAUGUGUAUCCAGAUACUUACUAUUAUGGCUUUUAUCACCCCAGUAUCUGAGCUGCUAAAUUUUGUGUGUAAUGCAAUAUGCCAUAUCCGAUUAAUGUACAAUGAUUAAAAGACCCUCCUUUGGGGAGAGUCAGCUAUAGGCCCCUGCAGUCCUUAAAAACCCAGUUAAGCCCUGAAAAUAUAUCUUAAGUGGUGCUUUGGUUUUGUGAUGGCCCUCAGACAGGGAUGAAUUUCACCCUGAUAGAGCUGUUCUUUGGCAUAUGUGAAAUGAAUUAUUUGGUCUCAGGUCAGUUCCUCGUGGAGAAGUGUUCAUGUCACAAAAAUUAACCACACAACUUUUUACUAAUUGUUACCCUUAUUAGCAUCCUUUGUAAAGGCCAGGAAUUGAUUGGCCGUGGAGACUAAACACCCUUCUCGCCUCUUCUAUGUCAGGCCCAGGCAUGCUGACGGAGAGGGGGGAAGCAUGCACUGCUGUACCUGUUGUGUGGAUAAAAAAUGGACUUGAGUGACCAGCGUUGUCAAUUCAUCACCAUUCAUGAGCUUGUUCAGGCACAAAAAUGUGUAGAAGGAAGAAUGUCCACUUAAAAAUUAUACUGGGAUUAUUUAAUCUCUUAUUUUUUGACAGAUGUAUGCCAAAGGACAAGUUUUGCCAUCAAACAAGCACGCAACUCCCAUUGACUUCAGUGGAAAUCAUGCACAAGAGCACAAUCUAGAGCUCUUUCUAGAUUCUUUCUAUUACUAAAUCUGGUGACUUUGCUGUAUCACUUCAGUUUCUCUAUUAAACUGAAACAAUCAGAUGAGCCCUGACCAGAUAAAAGUUAAAUGACAAACAGUCAUAUUAGGAAACUACCAUAAAUACUAACUGCCGCCCCACUUCCCCCAAUCCAUCCAUUAGAGGCAUAUCUAUGGCUGUUCAUUUUAUUUUUGGAGAUAUUCGUACUACCAAGUAAAGUACUCACCCAAAGAUCCAUGGAAAGUGGAGAAGAAUCCCAGGAAUUUCCUGAAGUAGUGGUGACAGGAGUUCUUUGCAUAGUUACUGUGUAAUUUUGUGGUAAUGUUUGUAACAGCACAAUCUUUCUAUUGGUAACAAUAAUACUAUGUUAAUUGUGUUAUCACCUUCUAGCUGUGCGGGUCAAUAAUAUGCAUUUUUUAAAGUUUUUAAACACGUAUACUUACACUAUUCCUGUUUGGAAAAGUUCCUAAAUAUGUAGCAUAUUUACAAUAUAGGCCUUAGUGGCUCAGUAAGGAAUUGCUACAGUCUAUCAGGUAAAUUAUAUGCGUUGGGGCAUGGGUGGAUGGCAGGUUUAAAAAUGUUAUUUACAUGCUAAUAUGUAUAUUAAUGCAUAGAGUGCCAUUUUCCCACUUGCUAGGCAAAAUCCACGUUGCAAGAAAGUGACUGCAGGCUUCUGAGGGAUCAGAUUGUUUGAACAUGCAGGUUUAAUUAACAUGAAGAGAAAAAUUCACAUUUAGAAUACAUAAAAAUAAUUUCAAGGGUCUGACUGAAAUGUACAAAAGCUAGAUAAUUUAGAACUAAGGAUGAAAUCACAGCCUAAACUCACCCUGUAACUGUAUAAAUAGGUUUUGCUCUGAUAUGGCUAUCAGGAACCUCAAGCACUAAGCACUCUUACAAGUACGAUAUGAGCAGCUAAGUCUACAUACAGGAUGGUCAGUUAAAGGGAGCAGCAUUCCAAUCCUUUAAAAAAAAUAUUUUUAUUUUGCAAACUCUGUAUAUUGGUAGGUUUUAAAAAAGGAAGAAUUUUUCAGUAAAUUAAACCAAGUGACAAAUCAAAACCAGCAAUUCAUCUCUGGUGCCCCUGCAUGCUGAAAAUUCUACUUCUGAGGUGUAUAUAACUGAAAUUGCAUAUUGUGAGUUCCUCUCAGAGGACUUUGUUUACUUUGGAGGACUAAGCAUUUAACUGGCUUUAUAAAUCCAAUCCUACAUAUGUGGAACUAAAAAAAAUAUAUCUAGGUGUGUUAUAAGAUUGGUACUCAGUCAAGGUUCACUCUGCAUUUCUCUGGCUUUUGUUAGUUUCCAUUAGACCCUUACUACUAUUUUAAUGUAUUAUUUGUGUGUAAAUUAAUUAGCUUUAAAAAAAAGUGUUUCCAAAGCACCUAGUUACCUCUGAAUGCUAGUAUAGUAUAUACAGUAAGUGUUCUAGAUAAACUAGCUUAAAGGAGGGCAGGUGAAGAAUAAGCAACACACCUAUAUUGUGCUGUUGGGUGGGUUUUGUCUCUCUCCACUUUCCCCUCCAUAAGAGGCUUCCAUUCCUUUUUCAUCCUCCUCAGGAAUGAAGAAGUUCACAGAUUUCCUGUUUGUUUGUUCUUUGCGGGUGGCAGGGGGCGGGAGGGGAGGUUUUUUGAUUAUUUUGAAAUGUUUUUAGUUUAAGCAAUAUUAUUACACAAUUUCCUAGAAGUGUUUAGCCUAUACUUCUUUCAUAAAAUUACUAUUUAUCAAACUUUCUGUAAUCAGAAAGAUAAGGUGCCUUAUCUUCUCAUCUCUUCAUUGAGAAUAAUCUAAAGCACAGUGAUCUAGAUUUCAGCAUACACAAGAGCCUACUUUUUAUUUCAGAAAAAAAGACCAAUCAAGGUGUAUUUCAAUAGCCCAGGGUUACUAAUCCCUUUGAUAAAGAGCACUUAAUACUACUGUGCAUUUAAAACUUUGUGCAAUAGAAGUUCUAGUUUUAUAUUUAGGAGCUAACACACUGUACACCCAAUGUAGGCAAAUGUAAGCUCUAAUCUAGGAGGAUUCAGGUGACUGAAGAGUAUAUUCACACUGGUUAUAUUUGCAUGAUGACAUUUUGGAAUAAAUAGUCCACCAUUGUGCAACAAUCUCUGAAAAAACAUACUAAUGGGUCUCUCAGUGAGCAUUUAAAAAACUUGAUUGGUCAAGCACCCAUGUGAUCUCCAGUUAUGGCUAACUUUCACCAUGUUCUUACAUAACUUUAAAAUAAGCACUUACGUGUUCAUUUCAACUUCCUGAGCCAUGUCAUCUUCAACUGGUGAUACACCGUAAGGUCAUUCCAGUCUAACUGGGACUUGUGAAGAAUAGGGUUUUUUUCCUCUACAUCACACUCCUACCUCCUCAGUCCAUACUAGCACUUGUUUAUUUCUAAAACUCACUCUUUACACAGCAACAUACGUCUAAUUAUACAAAAAAAUUUAUCAUUAGAACAAAACAAAAUUCUGGUCUUUCCUAUUUAUAGUGAGAUUACUUUAAAAUGCCUUUCAGAGAUUUUUACAUAAACACAACAGAAGUAUACAUAUCACUUCUUAUUGCUUAAACGGACAUAGAUGGUCCAGCAUACCAAACUCAUUCUAUUCUGUUCUAUUUAGAAGAAUUGGCCUGCUCUGGGAAUUGGAUGGGUUGGCAUGUACUUGACUGAUUAAUACCCAUAUCAGUAUGUUGUGUUUUCUGGAGCAAUCCACUUAAAAAGGACUCUGUGUAAAUGUCUACUAAAUAUUUGUAUUUAAAUGUUAAAAACCAUUUAGUAUUGAGAUUAAAAAGACUCAGUAGUGAGGGAAGAGACUCCGAUAUAAAGAGAGACAAAAAAUACCCUAAGCCUCCUAGAGCCUCUGUUAAGAUUUCAUGAAGAUGCAAUAUCCCUUUGUCAAGGUACAUUGCAAUCUGCUCAAGAGUAUUACUUUAAAACAAGAGAGACUGGUUUCCUAUGAUGUUCAUCUUUGUUGGCAUAUGUUUUAAUUUCUGAAUUCAUAACUAUUUUUUCUUACAUAUAAAGUUGGUCAAAACAAUCUUGUGUAGCAACAACUUUUCCUGGUAUGAAAUAUGAAAAUACUAGUUGUAAAUUUAUAUCUGUGCUGGAGGAGUUGUUUGGUUUCCUUGCAAUGUAGAAACACAUUAAGACAAGCAUUCUGUGGGUAGGUAACAGUUUGAGAGAGAGCUGCUUAAACAACAAUGGAAAUGUUGCUUUAGUAAUAGCCCUGUUUGUAUGAGGGAGGAAUGUGUCUGCUUGGGGGACAAUGUCAAGGGCCAUCAGUAAGCACUGAACCAGCACCGGCUCAGCAAAAAAGAGCCUUACAGAAGGCAAAGAUGUAAGGAGCUGCGAUUGUUGCAUGGCGCAUCACCUCCUCUGUGGAUUGGAAGCAAACUUGCACUUUGCCUUUUUUUUGAGGACAUCCCACUAAGAACAUCAGAUUAAUUUUUCAGAAAUAACAUUUUUCCCAAUGCCGUGACUUUCUCCUUCUGGUGUAGUUAGAGGGGGGAAAGGCCCUACAUUAAACUAUUAGGUAAUUUCUGCAAAAGGUUUUCAUUUCUAUCAGAAUAGUCUAUGCAUUUCUGUGUUGAAAGCCGUUUUCUGCUGUUCCUUUUAAGAAAACAGGCACUGUCUGUCCCACUCUCUGUAAAUGCUCCAAGAAUGUCAAGUGUGUGAAUUUGGACGUUAAAUCCAAAGUAAAUUAAGACUAACUUGUUUGGGAGUGGGGGUGCUUUUGUUUUUUAUAAUUGUUUCCCUCAUGUCCCUUUUCAUUUUUAUUAAGAAAUUAACUCUUUGCAUUUGUGCAAUAACUACUUGCCAUGAUAAUGGGCAGACUUUUGAAAUGAAUGCCCUGACUACUAACACAGCACAAGAUGAACUCAGACAGAUAAAGUGGUGUACUUUUUCCUGAGAACUUUUUUGUUUUUAAAUAAUAAGCUCAGUUUUACCCCCGUGUAUUGUGGUGUCUUACAUUUUUAGCAGUAUUUUAUAUUUUUUCUGUAACGCACUAAGUCUUAGACAUUUUAGAGCUUGUUUGUUAUGUUCACAAUCACAGAUUUUAAAAAAAAUCCUCACAAAGAACCAAUUGACCAAAAAAAAGUGUCAUUUUUUUUUUUUGUACAAGUAGCUUUGAGAAGCCCACGUUGUGUUGCUGUGACUCAUCUUUUGUAACAUUUUAUUUCUUGGUAUUUGUUUAAACAUAAAAGUAAAGGUUUAUAUGGCUGGCAGUAGCAGGGAAGUGCUCCCUCCGUCAGCGGAAUGGCAUUGUUUCUUCUGUCUUUGUUUGGUUAGCCAUAUAAUGUUUGUUCUCAGCACUGUACAACGGUCCCUAUAUGAUAUGGAGAAGCAAUAUCACUGUAUGAAACUCACAUGAUGUAUUAUUAUUAUUAUUCACUAGCACCCUAGGUGUGAUAAUUGAAGUAAAUAUCUUUUAUACAAACACAA